UCUCUGCGAAUUGAAGGUUUGGAAGUGAUUCUCGAAGAACCCGAGUUGGAAAACUGUUCGACUGCGUCCACGACGGAAGAUAGUUGUUGUUGCGACUGUGAAGACGACAAUUGUUCGUGUUGUGCGGAAUCCACUUCGUCUUCGGCCGACAAACGCGAAGAGUACGUGUUGGGGAAUCCGUCCGGUCCCGAUGGGAAAACUGAACGGCCGACCUUAGAUUCUUUAUGUGAGGAAAUUGUGAAAGAAGAGGCAGUUGAACCAAACAAAGAGAGGUUGUUGGAAAUCUACCAUGAGACUGUGAGACAAAGGAACCCAAAAUCUGUGUUUGCAUCUAUUCUUGCAUUCAACAAUGCUGCUGCUAUGAACAAUAAUAACAAUAACCAAACCAGCAGCAGCAAUAACAAAGCCAAGAUGGAAAAGAAGGUUGUGGUGGAAAUUGUGGAGGAAUCAGUGAGUUUUCCA